UACAGGACACAGAACACUGUAUGACACUACAGGAAGCUACAGCUCAGCCGGCAUCCUCCUCUUCUCCUGCAAUCUCCUCUGUGACAGCUGCUGUUUAAACAUGGCAGAAAAAUUUAAGGUCGAAAGCCCAAAAGUGCAAUAUUUUAAGGAUGUUAUAGAAGCGGAGUAUGAUUAUGCUACUACACAAGUCUAUGAAGAAAACGGCGUUACCAAGGUCAAACCGUGUUCCACCAAGUUCACUUUCCGGACAGAGAGGAAAGUACCCAAACUUGGAGUCAUGCUGGUCGGCUAGGGUGGAAAUAAUGGAACCACAGUCACUGCAGCAGUUUUGGCCAAUCAAAUGGCUCUUUCAUGGAUGACUAAAACAGGAAAGAAGGUGGCAAAUUAUUAUGGAUCAUUGUUUCAGUCUUCCACAGUGUGUCUAGGUAGCGGGCCUAGUGGAGAUGUGCAUAUACCUUUUCGUAACCUCCUUCCUAUGGUACACCCUAAUGAUAUUGUCUUUGACGGUUGGGAUAUUUCCUCUUUGAACCUGGCUGAUGCCAUGAGAAGGGCAGAGGUUCUAGACUGGCAGCUCCAAGAACAGCUAAGACCUUUCAUGGAGAAGAUGCAGCCUAGGCCUUCCAUCUACAUUCCUGAAUUCAUUGCAGCCAAUCAGGAGGACAGAGCAGACCAUAUCAUCCAUGGUACUAAAGAUGAACAGGUUCAGAAAAUCCGUGAAGAUAUUCAGGAUUUUAAGAGAAGCAGUGGAGUUGACAAAGUUAUUGUGUUGUGGACCGCAAACACAGAACGAUUCUGUGAUGUGAUCCCAGGGAUUAAUGAUACUGCCGAUAACUUGCUAAAAUCUAUUAAGCUUGGACUUGAAGUGUCUCCCUCUACAAUGUUUGCAGUGGCCAGCAUCUUGGAAGGAUGUGCGUACAUUAAUGGGUCCCCUCAAAACACAUUUGUUCCUGGGGCAAUAGAACUGGCAAAGAGGCACUCUGUGUUUAUUGGAGGAGAUGACUUUAAAUCUGGACAGACCAAGAUUAAAUCAGUCCUGGUGGAUUUUCUAGUCAGUGCUGGCUUAAAGACUGUGUCCAUAGUGAGUUACAACCACCUUGGUAAUAAUGAUGGGAAGAACCUUUCUGCUCCUCAGCAGUUCCGCUCCAAGGAGAUCUCCAAAAGCAAUGUGGUGGAUGAUACGGUUCAGUCUAACCCUGUACUGUAUGGACCAAAUGAAAAACCAGACCACUGUGUGGUUAUAAAAUAUGUCCCAUAUGUGGGAGACAGUAAGAGAGCAAUGGAUGAGUAUAUGUCCGAAAUCAUGAUGGGGGGAACCAACACCAUUGUUAUUCACAACACCUGUGAGGACUCCCUGCUUGCUAGUCCUAUUAUCCUAGACUUGGUGAUGCUCACUGAAAUUUGCCAAAGAAUAACUUUCUGCACUGAGAGAGACCAAGACUACCAGAGCUUCCACAGUGUGCUGUCCAUUCUCAGCUUCCUCUGUAAAGCCCCGCUUGUGCCAGAGGGAACUCCUGUAGUGAAUGCUCUAUUCAGACAGAGAAACUGCAUUGAGAACAUCUUCAGGGCUUGCUUGGGUCUGGCUCCGCAAAAUCAUAUGAUGCUUGAGCACAAAAUGCAAAGAAGUUUCUUCAGCUUCAAAAGACCCAGCAUGUUUGUGACCCCUCAUCCUGUGUCCAGCAAGAAGGGGUUGGGCAAGGUUAAUGGCUUUCAUCACCAAGACAUCAGCAAUGGCCACUACAAUGGACUGGAGCAAACUGUGACUAACAGUGACACAGACAUAGAGAACUAGCUUUGGUGCAUGUCCCUGACUCCCUUAUAGAAAGCUCUUUUAUGGACCCUUUUUAAGGAAACCACUGUAGACGUCUGGAGUUCACACUACAACCAUUACAAUGAUGUCUCUUGCUCUCGGCAGACCCUCUAACCUUUUGCUGUGUAUGAGGUGUCUACAGUAGAACUGAAUUUCUUGCACUGAUAUUUAGAUGAUCAUCCAUCUAUUAUGUUAAUAGUGUCGUUUUGUAGUAAUAAAAUGAGCUUCAGACAACAAGCUCAUUUCACUGUUUUUAUUGGAUAAUACAGGUUGAGUAUCCCAUAUCCAAAUAUUCCAAAAUAUGGAAUACUCAGAAAUACAGAUUUUUUUCAGAGUGAGAUAGUGAAACCUUUGUUUUCUGAUGGCGCAAUGUACACAAACUUUGUUUAAUACACAAAGUUAUUAAAAAUAUUGUAUAAAAUGACCUUCAGGCUGUGUGCAUAAGGUGUAUAUGAAACAUAAAUGAAUUGUGUGAAUGUACACACACUUUGUUUAAUGCACACAGUUAUUAAAAAUAUUGGCUAAAAUGACCUUCAGGCUGUGUAUAAGGUGUAUAUGAAACAUAAAUGUAUUCUGUGCUUAAUCUUGGGUCCCAUCGCUAUGAUAUCUCAUUAUGGUAUGCAAUUAUUCCAAGUUACGGAAAAAUCCGAUAUCCAAAAUACUUCUGGUCCCAAGCAUUUUGGAUAAGGGAUACUCAACCUGUAGUGAUUUAUUUGGGUCAGUGUAAUCCAUAGCCACCUAAUUUACAUUGUGCUAAUGAUGCCUCAGCAUUUAUGCAAUUUACACCUUAAAUGGGGCCAUGUGUAGUUAAUUAAUGACAAAUUAGACAUAAACACAGAUUACAUACUAGCUUCUUUUGUAGGUUAGACUAGCAGGAUGUGUUUUGUUUUUUGGGGAGAGAUUAAGAGUUAUAGAUUUAUAAUUUAAUUCCUAUAAAACCUGAACAUUUUAACUGCUCUAACAUUCUCAUGUUUGUGUGUUUCGAAAACUACUCCUGUACGGAUGGUAUAAUGGUUAGCAUUACUGCCUCACAGCACUGAGGUCAUGGGUUCGAUUACCACCAUGGCUCUAACUGUGUGGAGUUUGUACAUUCUCCCUGUACUUGCAUGAGUUUCCUCCGGGUACCCCGGUUUCCUCCCACAAUCCAAAUCUAUUCUGGAAGGUUAAUUGGAUCCCAAUAAAAUUAACCCUAGUGUGAAUGUGUGUGCGUGUACAUGUAUGUGGUAGGGAAUAUAGAGCUUUAAGCUCCACUGGGGCAGGGACUGAUGUGAAUGGCCAAAUAUUCUCUGUAAAGCGCUGCAGAAUAUGUGUGCGCUUUAUAAAUAACUGGUAAUAAAUAAAAAUACAUUUUCUACAUUUUUUUUCAGGAUUUUCA